GCUUUCCGUCGAAAAGCUAUUGCAGGAGCAGGGUUAGGGUUGAUUCAGCAUCGAUUUACUACCAGCUCUCCAGUUGCCAGUCCUCGUUUUGUAAGAUUUCAAUGUCAACCUUCAAGGACAAAGUAAUUAUUGUCACCGGCGCCAGCUCCGGCAUUGGAGCAGGUUGUGCUGUCCACUUGGCUGGCCUCGGUGGCCUCCUGGUAAUAGUGGGUCGCAAUGCCGGCAAUUUGAAGGAAACAGCUGACAAAAUUGUAGCCGCCGGUGGAUCAGCGCCCUUGGAGUUGCUGGCCGACAUGACCAAGGAGUCCGAGGUGGAACAGAUAGUGACCGCCACUCUAGCUAAGUACGGACGCAUCGACGUUCUGGUCAAUAAUGCAGGAAUCCUGGAGACCGGUUCUAUUGAGAAUACCAGCCUGGAGCAGUUUGAUCGCCUAAUGAACACCAAUGUGCGGUCCCUGUACCAACUCACCAUGCUGGCCACUCCGGAGCUGAUCAAGAGCAAGGGAAAUAUUGUGAACGUGUCGAGUGUGUGUGGACUAAGGGCCUUUCCCGGUGUCUUGGCUUACAACGUAUCCAAGGCCGCCGUUGAUCAGUUCACGGCCUGUGUGGCCCUCGAGUUGGCCUCGAAAGGAGUUCGUGUAAAUGCCGUGAAUCCCGGUGUAAUAAUCACCGACAUUCAUAAGCGCGGCGGCAUGGACGAGGAGACUUACGCCAAGUUCCUUGAGCACUGUAAAAUCACCCAUGCCUUGGGUCGGCCUGGAGAUGUCAAGGAAGUGGCGGCGGCCAUCGCAUUCCUUGCCAGCGACGCAGCCAGCUUCAGCACAGGUGUUAGUCUGUCCGUGGACGGUGGUCGCCAUGCCAUGUGCCCUCGUUAAUUUACGAAAGAGGAAAAACCGAUCACCUUUUGCAUUGAAUGAGUUUUUUGAUAAUUAAUAAAUAAGUCUAUAAUA